CUACGGGCCAAGUAAAGCAAAACAAAACACCCACGGCGGCUCUGGGAAUAAGGCUUCCGCCAUGUGGCAGGCACUGCGGUGCCUCCUGGUCCUGGGUAUGGUCUCAUGGGGCUCGGCUCUGCAGACGGAGGAGCAUACGCGGCUCUUGCCUGUGCCGCUGAACCACACCAAACUCGACGAGUUCAUCGCCAGCGUGGCCGGCAUGCCCUCCCUGAACCCGUAUAUCGUACCGGCGCUGGUACUCGACAGUGUGUGGGGCGGCCUGCUGCGGGUCUUGAAUGGCCGCGUCACCGGCCUGAGCAGCCUGCGCCGUGCUGAGUCGAUGGUCAUGCGACUCACAUCCACCGUCGAUCUCCGAACCACGCUCGAGAUGGGACCUGUAGCCGGUGUGUUUGCCGUCGUGCUGUCUCCGACUCGAGUAGCCGGGCCUUCCUUGCAAACGUCUAUCAUAUACCGCACACGUCGCACACUCAGCCUCCAGACACGUGCAGUAACCAUGAACUUCUCGGCACGCACCGACUUCAAGAGCGGCAAAGGCCGGCUUCAGGCGCUCGUCUUGCGCAAGGUGUACGGAUUGAAUGCCACUCUGGACGCCAUAGAUUCCUAUGGCCGUGUGGUCAACCUCUUCACAUCGGUGCUUAACCGACACGCCGUGCGGCUGGUGCGUUAUCUCGUGGAAGAUGUACUGCGCAGCAUUAUGGACAAGAGGAUCCGAUUUGCAAACAUCAGCGCUGAUAGCCUGCUUAGAAGCUUCAUUUACCCUGUCACUUUGGUCACAAAGAAACAGUGAAGACAUAAAAAAAGUGCAUCAAGUGAUUGUUUGAUUCCCAUAACUCGCUUACUGCGAACAGCAGUUAUGAGCCCCCGAUUCAAAUACCACGUGAUGUUGAAAAGACCCGACCGUUACCCUCUUGGAAAAGUUUGAUCAAACUCCAGUUUGGCAGUGCCACUUGAAGAACUCGUGGAAACUGAUAGAAAUCGCGCUAAGAAGGAUCCGACAGAAUCUGAAGCAUGAAGCUUGCAUGUCGCAGUAGACGCACACAGCGGUAUUCAUUAACAGGCAGGACUCAGUGAGCUUUCCGCAAGGUUGCUCUUGCUGUGUUCGCCUUUACUCUAGGCGCAUCCCCCCCCCCCACCUUACCUUGUUUUUUCGAAAUUGCGUCAAGAAUCCGCAAUUAUCGCACAGAGCCCGCACAGGGAAUU